UCGCGGGUAAAUCACACAAAGUCACACGUCGUGCGUCGACAUGAAACGCGCUGCGCGUGCGAGCGAUCGUACCAAACAAUUACAUAACCUUACUUUUCGCGUGUCGCGACACACGCACGCGCGCGCGCGCGCGCGCCUCUCGAUGCGACCGACUCGGCUCUCGCUUCGACUUGAUUCCCUCUGUCUCGGUCCCUGUCAUGCGGAUGCUCGCGCGCGAUCGCAUCCGGCGACGAAACGAAGGAUCGCGCUCUCGAAGGACUCGCUUCUAUCGAACGCGCGAUGCCAUUAACAGAACUGCGCACAGGGAUAGAAUGAUGUAUCGUUCAAACGGCGAAACAUAAUUACUGCCGCCGCGACGCGGGCGCACUCUGCUGGUGAUGCGGGAAAUCGCUAGGAACGUCAGCUGUCGAUUGACUUCAUUCGCGUGGUGUCAUCGUUUAAUGGAUAUCGAAACUACGACGAACAAUGGUCGAUUAUGGAGUAAUAAUCGUAAAACAUGUCGUAAAAUUUUCAAUGAGGUGUACACGUGAACUUAACCUAACCUAACCAAUGUGAAAUAAUCUGUUUACAAAAUCGGUUGACAGCAGUUUAAAUUCCACAAUAAAAAAAUAAUCUGUUUACAUAUUAACAGAUAAUAUAUUAGGAUGGCUUCAGACACAAAAGAAACGAUAAAAGUUAAAACUAGAUUUCCUGCGAUACCAGGCACAAAACCAUCUAUAAGAAAUGCACAAUUGCUUAUAUCAACAGGAAUACUUUCGCUAGAUGAUAUAAUAGGUGGAGGUUUACCCAUUGGUUCAAUACUUUUAAUUGAAGAAGACAAGUAUGGUCUCUAUGCUAAGACUGCACUAAAAUACUUUAUGGCAGAAGGAGUAGUCACAUCUCAGCCUAUACUGGUUGCCUCGCAAGAUGUUCAACCUUCUCUAUUUGUGUCAGAAUUGCCUGCAGUUAUAAACGAUCCAGAUCUAUAUACAAAAACUGUAAAUAACGUAGAUGAACAAAUGAAAAUUGCUUGGCGAUAUCAAAAUAUGAAAGUAAUAGACUCAUCUCCUAUGGCAAGUCAAAUCUUUGGUCAUUAUUAUGAUCUUACAAAACCAAUGCAACAAGAUCUCUUAGAACAUGCGGAUAUAAAACAGUGGCAUGAAAAUAAUCUGCAGUGGCAAAAUAAUAUAUUUGAAAAUACUGCUUACACUGACUUGUUACAUACUGUUGAAGAAACUUUGCGUAAUGAACAAUAUCUUAUCUCUGAAACAACAGAUAAAAGGAAAAUUUUAAGAAUUAUUAUACAUUCUCUGGGAUCAAGAUUGUGGCUUUCCGAUACAGAAGAAUCUUCAAACCGAGAUUUGUUAAAGUUCUUAUAUUGCUUCAGAGGACUUUUGAGGAACUCAUAUGCAGUUGGCGUAAUAACAGUUCCAAUUAAUAAUUUUGACAAUACUAAUGUCAUUGAAAGAAUUGAACACAUGUCAGACAUAGCAGUCAGAUUAGAAUCAUUUGCAGGGUCUGCCAAAGAGACCAAUCCAUUAUUUAAGGAUUAUCAUGGUCUUUUACAUAUUGAGAAAUUGUCUGCAUUAAAUACAUUGGCACCUCGCUGUACAGAAUUUAGAGAUCUAGCAUUUAAAUUACGUCGUAAAAAGUUUAUCAUAGAAGUUCUACAUUUACCACCUGAAUUUGAGGAUACAGCCCAACGAGAGCAAGAUGAGCCAAUAAUAUCCUCCACUGGAUGUAUGAGUGGAUCUCAUAAGAAUAUGUUAGAGUUUUAAGUUUGAAUUAAGUUGAACGUUUUAUAAACAAUUAAAUUUAAUAAAUUACCAUAUGUAUAUUUAUAUUAAU